AUGGCACCUUAUGAAGCUUUGUAUGGACAAAAAUGCCGAAGCCCUAUAUGCUGGAGUGAUGUGACUGAGUCAUUGAAUUUGGGGCCCGACAUGAUUGAAGAGACCACCAAAAAGGUGAAACUCAUUCAAGAACACAUGAAAGCCGCUCAAGAUCGCCAAAAAUCGUAUGCAGAUAAAAAAAGGCAAGACUUAGAGUUCGAAAUUGGAGAAAAAGCCUUACUCAAGGUCUCCCCAACUAAAGGUGUAAUGCGAUUUGGGAGAAAAGGGAAGCUAAGCCCUCGAUAUAUUGGCCCUUAUGAAGUUUUGGAGCGAAUCGGAGAGGUGGCCUAUAGGUUAGCAUUACCUACGGAAUUAGCCAAUGUCCAUAAUAUUUUCCAUGUGUCUCAACUUCGCAGAUAUGUUCAUGACCCAAACCAUAUCCUUCAACCAGAAACUGUCGAAUUAGAUCAAAACCUUACCUUUGAAAACCGACCCAUUAAAAUCUUAGAUACCAAAACGCGAGAUACUCGACGCAAAGUUGUGAGGUUAGUUAAGGUAUUAUGGUCGAAUCAGAAAACCGAGGAAGCCACUUGGGAAGCUGAGGAUGCCAUGAGAAACCGAUAUCCGGAACUUUUUCCUCAGGUUGGACUUGUGAUGGGAUCUCGUGUGAGGAGGCUUAGAUAA